GAGAAAAAAAACUCGGCAUCCUGACUGCAACCCGUCUCGCCAAAUCGACAACUAUGACUUCCAGUGAAAUCGAGAUUCCCAGUGAGGUGAAGGCUGACCCCGCCGCUCUGAUCGCUUCCCUCCAACUACUACCAUCGCCGACACCAAACCUAGAAAUCCAACACACCAAGCUUUUCAUUAACAAUGAGUGGCAUCAUUCAGUGAGUGGGAAAACAUUCUCCACCUCCAACCCUUCAACAGGAGAGAAAAUCUGUGAUGUUCAAGAGGCUGACAAGGCUGAUGUGGACAAGGCAGUACAAGCUGCUCGGAUUGCCUUUUCCCCGGGCUCUGUGUGGAGGCGGAUGGAUGCUUCAGAGAGGGGUCGGCUGAUCGACAAGUUGGCAGAUCUGGUGGAACGAGACCGAGCGCAUCUUGCUACACUUGAAUCUCUAGACAGUGGAAAGCCAUUUCUCCAGGCUUAUUAUGUUGACCUACAGGGAGUCAUAAAAACUCUCAGAUAUUUUGCUGGUUGGACUGACAAGAUUCAUGGCAAGACAAUUCCCGUUGAUGGAGAUUAUUUCACAUUUACAAGACAUGAGCCAAUAGGGGUGUGUGGACAGAUCAUCCCUUGGAAUUUUCCCCUUCUCAUGUUUGCGUGGAAGAUAGUUCCUGCCUUGUGUUGUGGUAACACAGUAGUCAUCAAACCAGCAGAGCAAACACCCCUGACUGCGCUCUACAUGGGAGCCCUCAUCAUUGAGACUGGGUUUCCUCCAGGUGUGGUCAACAUUGUGCCUGGAUUUGGUGUGACAGCUGGUGCAGCAAUAGCCUCUCAUAUGGAUAUCGACAAAAUCGCAUUUACGGGAUCAAAUGAGGUUGGAAAAUUAAUCCAGGAAGCAGCUGGGAAGAGUAAUCUGAAGAGAGUAACACUGGAGCUGGGAGGAAAGAGUCCGAACAUUAUUUUUGCAGAUGCUGAUUUGGAUUAUGCUGUGGAACAGGCUCAUCAGGGAGUGUUCUUCAACCAAGGCCAGUGCUGCACAGCAGGAUCUCGGAUCUAUGUAGAGGAGCCAAUCUAUGAUGAGUUUGUCAGAAAGAGUACAGAACGUGCACAGAGGAGAACAGUAGGAAACCCUUUUGAUCCUGCCACUGAGCAGGGCCCGCAAAUUGACAAACUGCAAUGUGAUAAAGUCCUUGAACUUGUACUAAGUGGUAUCGCUGAAGGAGCAAAGCUUGAAUGUGGUGGCAAAGCAUUGGGGAAGAAAGGAUUCUUCAUUGAACCCACUGUAUUUUCAAAUGUCACAGAUGACAUGCGGAUAGCGAAGGAAGAGAUUUUUGGCCCAGUUCAACCAAUCAUCAAGUUUAAAACUAUGGAAGAGGUUGUGGAAAGGGCUAAUAAGUCUCAGUUUGGUCUGGUAGCUGCAGUCUUUACCAAGGACAUCGAUAAAGCAUUAACAGUUUCUGCUGCGAUGCAGGCUGGGACAGUCUGGAUUAAUUGCUACAAUGCCUUAAAUGUCCAAAGUCCCUUUGGAGGAUUUAAAAUGUCUGGCAAUGGAAGAGAAAUGGGAGAGUAUGGGCUAAAGGAAUAUACAGAAAUCAAAACUGUAACAGUCAGAAUUCAACAGAAGAAUUCUUAAGGUCGUUGGGGCUGAUGUUUUGUACAUGGACCCAGUGAAUCCAUUCUGUGGUCAGCAGGACAAACAUGCACAAUGGUGGGUUGUGCAGUAUACGGUUGAAGCUUUAUCUUAUCAAAAGUAACAAAAACUAUACUAGUGAAUGUAUAUGUAACACAAAUACUGUGUAUUUGAGGAAAAUACAAUAAUCUCAGCAGAUUCCCCGAGUGCAUUCAUUACACAUUUCCCCUCAAAAUCAUUUCAAGCCUUAUAGAAUCUGUCCACUGUGGAGACUUAAUAGACUGGGAACAUUUCUAGUGUCACUGGACUGAUAGCCUUGUUCUGCCUCUAUUAACACUUUGAAAACUGCCAUAGAAGCUAAAGACCCCUGGUUAAAAAUCCGCAUGUGCUGUGAGCUGGUUCAGAUCCACGAAGGAGGGGGAGAAGUUGAAGGGUGAAGUCAGCCUAAUGUUCACAUCCCUUCAGUGGCGCAGUGUAAACAUCAGUCUAGGCCCACACAUUCUCUUAGACAAAAAAAAGGUACAAUUAUGCAAGCGAAUCACAAAAUCCAGUGUGUUCUCAUUUUUCUGAUGCUUGGGCAAGGGUGGGGGGGCCGGCGGCAGCAGGAGCUGGAGGCGGGGGUUGAGAUAUGGUGAGGUGCCUCUAUGGGUUACCCAAAUAUAAAUGUGUAGGUAUCUGGGCUGUACACUAGUUGAUUCUGGAUAUAAGUUUGCCAGCUGAGCUGGAAGGUCAGCGAACAAACUUACAUCCAGAACCUCAACUUGAGCUACAAAUCUUCUCAAAACUCGUUAACUGGUUGAUUCUCAUAGCCAUUCCCAGCAGAGAACUGAGACUGCCAUUAGCUGCAAGAAUUCAACGUUUAAGAUAUAAAUUUGCACUGGAACAAUAUUAAUCUGCUGCUGUCCAUUUACCUCUAAGGACAAGGAAGCCUCGGAUUUCCCAGUGUCAGUCUCACUUGGGAAGGGCAGCACAGGAAUCCCUGAGAUUGUGGAGGGUCCAUAUCCAUCGUCUGAAGACAUUCUCUUUAAUUAUGACCUUGGGAAUGCCUGUGCACCCCCCAUGAGUCCAAUAUGAGGUUUGAAAGUGAGGAUAUGGCAGAACUGGUGGGCAGAUUACCUAUAUUGGUAAUCACAAUUUACAUAACAUCUACUAUUUCGAGGAUUGAACCAGCCCUUCAGCCCAAGAGCCAGAGCAGUGUUUACACUUCACAUGAGACUCCUCCUGCCCUUCUUCCCUCAACUUCAUCCACAUCUCCUCCUUUUUCUCCCAUGUGUUCAGCUCCCCUUAAACGUAUACCCUACACAAUAUAUAUCAACACAAGCUGCUCCCUGUGGUAGCCAGUUCCACACUCCCAGCACUGCCUGAGUGGACCAGUGACCUCCUGGAUUGGAUUUAUUCACAACUUUAUUCUUAUGGGUGCUGAUAGUGUUCCCAUCUCAUAACUGAAAGCUCUCUAUCUGGUCAUCCCUCAGCCUUCCCUGAUCCAGCAAAAGGAGUUGCUGUUCAUGUUUUUUUCUUAAUAGGAGUACUUUGGCAGUUCAGGUGUCUUUAUAAUAUUUCAAUGUUAAAAUAUGUUUUCAUUUCAAUUUUUCAGCUCAGUGCUGCAGGACAAUUUUUCUUCUGCUCUGCCCAGCCACUUGGUGUGAGCCAGAAACAGUGUGAGCAGCACCCAUUCAAAAUAUACACAGGCAGCUGGGCAAAGCAUUUAUAGUGGGUUCAGGGAGAGUAAGAGUAAGUGGAUAAAAAUUUUAACCUCCCACAAUACCUACUCGCCGCCUCAAACAGCCCCAGGAAAUUCAGGACCAGGAUUCAGUUCUGUACUGGUUGUCAGAGAGCAAUGUUAGAUUGUGCAGCUCUCUCCUCCUCCCCCAACCUUUUAUUGUAUUCUUCCAGCAGAUGCCAGCUGUUUUAAACAGCACCAGGUUAAAAGCAACUUAAAACAACCAGUAAUAAAUCAGAAAGUGCUGGAGGAAGAAACUCAGCAGCUGUAUGGAGAGGGUAAAACAGAGCUAGCAUUUCCAUGCUCUGAAGAAGUCAUUGAACUCAGAGUGUUAGCUUUGCUUCUCAUACCAAAGAUGCUGGCAGACCUGCUGAGUUUCUCCAGCAAUUUUGGUUAUCACAUUUAUGCUAUCCAAUGAAGAUGACUUUCUCCAGUCAUUAUGUGUAUUGACGUAAGAAUUAAACAUGAAAGGGCUUUCACUGUUGUUACUUCAAGUUUAAAAUGUUUUUUGAGCAUUGUAAAAUGUCUCCUGGAAUACCAACUAGUACUGCAUUUGUUUAUGUCUAAUACAGAAAGCAGCCCAGAACAAAACUAGACCUGAAUUACAUGAGGCACUAAUAUUAGGCAAUUUCUUUGGCAAAUCUUUGUUCUCACUUAUUUCCAUAAUGGCAGCUUGGUAAGUUACAAUGAAUAACCUCCUCACUUCAUUUGGCUAUAAACAGUGCUCUCCUCUGAAUACAGAGCUUAUCCUCUUCCUUGUUAUCUCCCUUGCUAAGGGAAGGUAGAUUUGAUAAAGACAAUGCCCUUAUAUAUGUGCCAUGUCCUCUUUCUGUGUUGUCUGGGACAUUGUUACAUGUUACACCGUUAACUGUUGAGUGUUAUCAAUAUAUGGAAUAACUCUUGGGCCUUGGUAAUAUUGAGCAGCUCAAUACCUAGGCAAUGUUGCAAUGUAACACGAGUCACUUGAUGUUGUAUCAGACAUUAGACAUCAAUGAAUCAUUUGAAAUUUUUGUCUGCUAUUUAGCGAUUUAAACACAAGUAUUAUCACCCUUUUAAUCAUUAUGAUUCUGAACAACAAAAAUAAGGCACAGCAAGAGGCAAUUUGCAGCUCAUAGCAGAGAAACAAAAUCUCUUUAAUCAGUCAAAACGUCUGAAAAUGAGGUAACUGGUUGGCAAUAAUAACAAAGAAUGUAUCAUAUGAAGUGAGAGGAUACCAAAGUAAUUAGGAACUUAUUUCAACUCUUGAGUGGUUAGUCUAGAAAUUGCUUUUGGUGAUAUUAGCAGACUAAUAAUUAACACAAGUAAAAGGAUAUAGCUUUGUCCAAUAUUUUAACAUAGGCUUUAAUCAAUUUAAAAUAAAAAGUUAACAUUUCUAUUAAACUAGUACGUAGAGGAAUUCCUUAACCAUUAAGCAUUCAACCGUUAAUAUCACAAACAGUCAUUUCAAGGCUUAUGUAUGUUUAAAAUAUUUUGUUGUUACAAUAUAAUUACCAUGAUAAAAAUGAAUCCUUUUAUUAUAUUUCAUACUUCUCAAUCAACACAUAUGGAAACUGAGCAUU